AUGGGUCUACUUCGCAAAGACGAAAAUGGAAGAUGGCUUCUAGAACUUCCCAAUCUCGCAGGAGCGGUCGUCUCCAUCUUUGCAGCGAUCCUGGGCCCAGCUUGGGAACUGAUGUCGUCUGGUACAGAUGAGGUGGUCUCCUUCGCCGGCCGGACAUGGCUCGUCGCUAUAUCCAUCAUCUGCGGUUUGUGCACGCUCUGGAUGGUCGCUGGCUUCUUCAUUUUCACGGCUCGUUUCGCCGGCUGCGAUGGGCUGACUCUGCUUACCGCCAUUGCGUCAUCUCCGCUUUAUCACGAGCCCGCACUCUUCGACAAACUCCCUCUGUCCGCGAGUAUACAAGCCGCAUCUGAGCGCACGGCACAGCUAGAGUCUACCGUCAUCGACCUUCGCCUCAUACUUGAACAACAGACGGGCGUUGCUCUUCGCCCGAGUGGGAUACCUUUCGACAUCGUGGAUUUGUCCGGAAGGGUAUCUGCGCUAGAGGUGGAAGCCAGCGCCGCCCUUUCUCGGUUCGACGACGUCCGUGUCCUGCUGGACGGCCUGACGACAGACAUUGCAAGCGUCCGGGCUCAUCUGGGCAGCCACCAGGACGCGACGCGUGCAGAUCUUGGCGAUGUUAGCAAGAACAUCAUCACGUUACGCGAUGAAGCCCAUGCGGCCCUCUACCGGAUGACACACGACCUGGCGGACGUGCACGCGACCUUAGCACGCUACGACGGUCUCACGCACACGGUCGAGGAGAAGACGGACUUCGCCUUGUUCACUACUGGCGCAGUAACCAUCCCGAGUCUCACCUCGCCGGACCGUAAUCUUCCUCCCAACAACACUCUUGCUGAUCGUGCGAAGAGUCUCGUAUGGUGGCCCUCCAGGUCUGGCGCAGGAGACCCUAUACAUUCGAAACCGUGGCCCACCGGCUCGGACAUGGCUAUCCACUAUGAUGUGGAACCUGGGUACUGCUGGCCCUUCAAUGGAACGCGAGGACACCUCGCUGUUCAGUUGCCUGUCCCAGUGCUCUUCGAGGAGGUUGCCAUCCAUCACACACGUCAACAUUGGGAUAUAAGCCCAGCUCCCCGUCAUAUACAGCUUUGGGCGCUGAUCACGGGCCCCGAGGCGCUCGAGAAGGCCAGCGAUUGGGCCACUGUGGGAGAUCAGACUCCGCCGCCCGAGCUUCCCGCCGUCUUCGACCAGAGUCGCUAUUUACGCAUCGCCGAGUUCGAGUACGACCUCUCGUCAUCUCUCGCCACCCAGGUCUUCUCUGUCGACCCUACUUUCAAAGCCCUUGAGAUUCCUUUGGACGUCGUCAUCCUCUACAUCUUGGACAACUGGGGGAACGAAGAGUACACUUGCAUCUAUCGCUUCCAAGCCCAUGGUCGUCUGGCGUCUGGUGAACGCACGCAUAGCGAAUAG